GUGGCGGCUCCAUGAUUGUACAAUUCAAGAAUUCCAACUUCGAAAUUUAUGAGGAUCGUUACAGGAAUCGUAUAGAAACAUCGAACGAUGAGAUGGAAUUACUGAUCCGGGAUUUGGGAGAGGGAGACAGCGGAGUUUAUCACCAAACCAUUCUUUUUGCAAACAAAAAAACACAGGAAUUUUUAUUUAAUCUCACUGUAUACGAGCCAGUUCCUUCCCCGGUCAUAAAGGAUGAAUUGGAGAAGAAGACGGCCGUCUGGUGUAAUCUUACUCUUCGUUGUUCUGUCCCUUUAAACACAUCAGCACUGUCCAUCAGCUGGCUGUGCAGAUACAAAGACUCUGAAUGCUGUAAUCGGACCGCGUGUGAUAAUAAUAACGGCAGCGCGGUCCAGCUCUCUCUGCAGCCCGGGUCGUGGGAUAUGGAAAUUAUGUGUUUGGUCCAAAAUCCUGCGGAUCGGAAAAACGUGUCCUUUCAUACCCGAAAUAUCUGCCUUCCUUCUGAAAACAAAAGCACAAUGAAAGGUCGCAGUUACCAUAUUUGGAUACCCAUCCUUCUUGGGGUUCUUCUGUUGAUGAUAAUCAUUUUUAGCAAAUGGAAACGAAAAAGGAAAGGAAUUCCAGAAAAUAGGGCCGAUCGGGACGAUGAAUAUUUUGAUGUCGAAACCUUUAGGGGAGGAAGAGACCAGAAUGUGGUGGACAAGAGUGAAGAGAAUGCCUCUACUCAUGAAAUAGUCUACUCGAAAUUGCAACAUCCAGAGCUGUCCUCACCAACGUAGCAGGCAAAGUCUCUAAGAUACGACACAUAUAGACCCCAAGGAACGGGGUGGACUCAGGGCCAAGUGCUGCCGAGGAACUGGUUUUAUUAGAGGCAGCAGAUGAAGAGCCAAUAUAUUCCAACAGGACGGAUCUGCUAAGUAACCAAAGAUACCCCUGGAGAUCAGUGGCAGUACCAGAAACCAAUCGGCAUGGAGCUGGAGAAAGUAGACGGCGCUUGGUGGAGGUUGAUUGGUGGUCUUGCAAUGUCUGAGGUGGUCAAUAGUCAUUGAAACAUAUAUUGUGACUGC